AUGUCGAUGAACACGGAGGUGACGAGCAACGCGCAGCUCUUUCUGGAGAUGAUGCUGAAGCGGCUUAACCUGACGCUGGCGGACUGGGGCGGGCGCUGGCUGCGUGACCACUACCGGCCCGUACACGGCUACCUGGCGCUCGUCGUCUGCAUCUUCGGCUCCAUCGCCAACCUCAUCAACAUCGUGGUGCUCACGCGCAAGGACAUGCUAUCGCCGACGAAUGCCAUCCUGACUGGACUGGCCAUAGCGGACAUCAUGGUGACGCUAGAGUACAUCGUGUUCGCCUACAGGCACUACAUCAGCAGCGAGAAGGAGAUGUUCUCCUACUCCGCCACGCUCUACGUGCUCUUCCACGCGCACUUCACCCAGAUCUUCCACACAAUAGCCAUCUGGAUGACGGUGGUGCUGGCCGUGUGGCGCUUCCUCUCCAUCGUCCACCCGCACACCGUGUCGCGCUGCUGCAACAUGCGCCGUUCACUCAUGUACAUCGCAGGCGCCUACUUAAUCUCUCCCAUCAUCUGUAUCCCGUCCUACUUCACCUUUGCGCUGCGCCGGUUGCCGGCCGCCGACGGUACCAUACUCUACCGCAUCGACAUCAGCGCCGCCGGGCGCGCCUACGGCGGCCUGCUGAACCGUGCCAACUUCUGGCUGUACUCAGUGCUCAUUAAGCUAGUCCCCUGCCUGGUGCUGACGUACUUCUCGGUACGUAUGAUCCAAGUCCUGCUGGAGACCAAGCGGCGGAAACAGCGGCUGAUGAGCGGGUGUCUGACGCUCAGCGCCGACCACCACCUGCUCAAGGGCACGCGCCAGACGGACCGCACCACCUGGAUGCUGGUGGCCGUGCUGCUGCUCUUCCUGCUGACCGAGUUCCCGCAGGGCAUCCUGGCGCUGCUCUCGGGCAUCCUGCAGGACCGCUUCUUCCGCACCUGUUACCUCCACGUCGGCGAGCUGCUCGACAUCCUGGCGCUCACUAACUCGGCCGUCAACUUCCUGGUCUACUGCAUGAUGAGCAAGCAGUUUUGGGCGGCGUUCUGCGGGCUGCUGCGGCUGUCGGACCGAGCCGUGCCGCCGCCCAGUCGGACCCGUCGCUCAGCCUCGCGGUGUGCCGCUCACCAGCAAGGCGACCGACGCAACGUUCGUUUGAAGCUGGGACGUUUUCGUCGGCCCGCGGCCGUCUGUCGACCGUGA